CGUGGAGGAUAUGUUCUCCGCAGCAAAGUCCUCCUUUACUCCACACACAUCUACUAACUACACUUUAUUCAUCCUCCGUGUCAGCAUCAACUCCACUCGUCUCACUCAACUUUGGACAUUGUUAGGCCCGCUUAGCUUGCCCCUUGUUUUAGGGCGCUAGUUAGCUUAGCGUGCUAUUUAGCUUAGCAUGCUAGUUAGCUUAGCUUGUUAGCCGCUAACAAAGAGACGCGGAUUUGAUCAACACAUCGCUUAGUUAAGAUCAAGUGUGAGUGUAAAGUGUUGAGAUUGUGUGAAAAUGUGCGAAAGAACCAUAGCAGAGUACGAGGAGGGACUUUGUUGUGUGAAAAUGUGUGAAAGAACGAUAGCAGAGUACGAGGAGGAACUUACUCCGACAAAAGAGGAGAACGAGAGACAACGUCAACUAUUGGAGGCUGUUUUCAAGAGACCUCAAGUUGUGUUACACAGAACAGAUGUCGAAGAAGAACAUCUUUCUCGUGAGCAGGAAGAGGAGCCACAGCCCCACCGCAUUAAAGAGGAAGAAGAGGAGCCACAUUCCCAACACAUUAAAGAGGAAGACGAGACGCCACAGACCCACUGUGUUAAACUGACCCUUCACAUUAAAGGGCAAGCGGAGGAUCCACUGAUCUUACACAUCAAAAAGGAAGAGGACCCACUGACCCCUCACUUUAAGGAGCAAGAGAACCCGCUGAACCCUCACAUUAAAAAGGAAGAGGAGGACCCACUGACCCUUGACAUUAAAAAGGAAGAGGAGGAGCAAGAGCCGCCGCACAUUAAAGAGGAAGAGGAGGAACACAGCAUCAGUCAGGAGGGAGGACAUUUUGAAGGACUGGAGGAGGUUGAUGUCACCAAGAUGCCAGUGACUGGUGUCCCUGUGAAGAGUGAAGAUGAUGAAGGGGGGGAGCCUCCAAGCAGCAGCUCAACACAACACAUGACAACAGAAGCUGAUGGAGACCACUGUGGAGGAUCACAAGCAGACCAGCUCUUAGCUCCACUAUCAGAUAGUGAGGACACAACCUCACACUCUCCUGACACUGAUGAUGAAGACUCUAAAGAUGAUGCAACAUGUCACACUGACAACACUCACUUCACAUGUUCUACCUGUCACAAAACCUUCAAAUACCUAUGUCAUCUGAAAAGACACACGAGGACACACACCGGAGAAAAACCUUUUGUCUGUUCAAUCUGCGGUAAAGGUUGUACUAGCAGUCAAUGUUUGAAAAGACACACGAGAACACACACCGGCGAAAAACAUUUCCCCUGUUCAAUUUGUGGUAGAAGUUUUAGAGAAAGUCGCAAUUUGAAAAGACACACGAGAAGACACGCUGGUGAAAAAUCACAUUCCUGUUCAAUUUGUGGUAAAAGUUUUACAGAAAGUCAGAAUUUGAAAAGACACACGCGAACGCACACUGGAGAAAAACCUUUUUCUUGUUCACUCUGCGGUAAAGGUUUUACACAAAGUAACCAUUUGAAAGUACACAUGAGAACACACACUGGGGAAAAACAUUUUUCCUGUUCAAUCUGUGGUAAAGGUUUUACAGAAAGUCAGAGUUUGAAAGUACACAUGAGAACACACACGGGUGAGAAACCUUUUGUCUGUUCAAUCUGUAGUAAAGCCUUUACUAGCAGUCAAUGUUUGAAAAGACACAUGAGAACACACUCUGGUGAAAAACAUUUUCCCUGUUCAAUUUGUGGUAAAAGUUUUAGAGAAAGUCGCAAUUUGAAAAGACAUACUAGAACACACACUGGGGAAAAAUCACAUUCCUGUUCAAUCUGCAACAGAAGCUUUAGUGAGCGAUCAAAGCUUGUAGCACACAUGAGAAGACACCCAGUGACUCAAAAAUCAGAGUUGGUAUCAGGUAAUACUAACCUUCGAUAGUUCAGUUGGUAGAGUGGAGGACUGUAGUUGCUCAUGCUGAAAUCCUUAGGUUGCUGGUUCAAAUCCAGCUCCAAGGAUCACCUGUUUCUCUCUUUUUUUUUUUUUUAUUAAAUCAAGAUAAACAACACAAGAUACACUUACAAGUAGUGCACCAACACCAAAACUGUCCCUCUCUCAUUCUCACUCAUUCACACAUUACAUUUUUGUGUGAUGUCGUUCAAAUAAGAAUCACAAUAAUGUCUGACAUCCUGAGGAUGUAAACUGCGUGUUUUGGCGUAAGAUAUUUCCGAAACACAACCUGUCCUACAGUAAGAUGUUUCUUCCCGUAGGGAUAGUGAUGCAAUGGCUUAUGUGUCUCACUACGGACCAGAACAUUCUAGGUUCAACUCCUGGCCAGCGUUCUGUUGUUUGUUAACUGAACUGAAACAAUAUUCAAUUCCAUUUUUGGGGUUGUUUAUUUUGCUUUUUUUUUUUUUUUUUAUCUACAAAUUGAAACGUGUUUUUUUUUCUUUAUUAUCGUGAAUGUAUAUCUGGUAGACGCACUUGGAAAUAAUUAAUUUCUUUGUGUGCAGUUGCAGCAGAAGUCCACAGGAGGGCGCACGUUCCCUCUUCAUAAGUCUCUUCGUCUCUCUGUGUCUCUCUUACCCCUCCCCCUUAUCCAUCCAUCCAUCCAUCCAUCAUCUUCCGCUUAUCCGAGGUCGGGUCGCGGGGGCAACAGCCUAAGCAGGGAAACCCAGACUUCCUUCUCCCCAGCCACUUCGUCUAGCUCUUCCCGGGGGAUCCCGAGGCGUUCCCAGGCCAGCCGGGAGACAUAGUCUUUCCAACGUGUCCUGGGUCUUCCCCGUGGCCUCCUAAUGGUUGGACGUGCCCUAAACACAUCCCUAGGGAGGCGUUCGGGUGGCAUCCUGACCAGAUGCCCGAACCACCUCAUCUGGCUCCUCUCGAUGUGAAGGAGCAGCGGCUUUACUUUGAGUUCCUCCCGGAUGGCAGAGCUUCUCACCCUAUCUCUAAGGGAGAGACCCGCCACACGGCGGAGGAAACUCAUUUCGGCCGCUUGUAGCCGUGAUCUUAUCCUUUCGGUCAUGACCCAAAGCUCAUGACCAUAGGUGAGGAUGGGAACGUAGAUCGACCGGUAAAUUGAGAGCUUUGCCUUCCGGCUCAGCUCCUUCUUCACCACAACGGAUCGAUACAACGUCCGCAUUACUGAAGACGCCGCACCGAUCCGCCUGUCGAUCUCACGAUCCACUCUUCCCUCACUCGUGAACAAGACUCCUUGGUACUUGAACUCCUCCACUUGGGGCAGAGUCUCCCCCUUAAUUGUCCAUCAUUAUAUAUAUUAUAUUGUUUUACAGCCCAGCCCUAUGGGUUUUUUUUUUCAAGUUACUUUUUUUAAUAUAAUUUCAAUUUGAUGUCCUUUUUUUUUUUGGGAAAUUAUAUUAAAUUAAUAAAAAUAAAAAAAUAAUCCUUUGCAAUAUUGAA